GCCUCAACUGCAUCAUCCCUCGAUGCAGUGGUCGGCACCCCUCCGCCAGCCUCGACACCUAUUCCCCUCAUGUCGUCCUCUCCUGCUCCUCUUCGGCCCGCACUGGCUGGUGGCAGACCAAGCGGCGGUCGGGCACCGAGACUAGGUUUAGCCAUCCCUCCGUCUCCUAACGUAAAACCCGUUGGCGCUGCUGCCGCAGGCGGUCCGGCGCGCCCUCAACUUACCGUACAUGUCGCUACUCCUAUGGGCAGCACCGUCGCGCCCUACGAACAAUCUCGACCUUCAAUUCAACCAGGACAAUCAGCAAGUGGUGGCAGUGAAAGCAGCGCAGCACAUUCACGGUCGGGCAGUUUCGGACCCCUCGAUGGGAGAGCCAGCAACCCCACCUCCGCAGGAUCUCAAUUCUCUGCCCUCUCCUUCGCGUCACAAUAUGGCAUCGGCUCGAGACCACAGGGUACGCCCGACCCUAUAUCCGCCGUUGGCUCUAUUUACUCCGAGCGAAGCGAGGGAGGUGUCGGGAUGGAUCGGGACGGAAGCAUGCAAGGGCUUGAGGAUAGCUUUGAUAAGCUUACCUUAGAAAAAGCGAGAACUGCCGAUGUUGAAGAACUUGACGACAACGGAUGGAGAAUUGCGAGCGCAGAAAACAGAAUCAUUCAACUAGGUAGUUUAGGUGAAGGUGCUGGUGGUGCAGUCACACGUGCUCAAUUAAAAGGGGGAAAGACGGUAUUUGCAUUAAAGGUCAUUACUACCAACCCAGACCCCGACGUUAAGAAACAAAUAUUCCGUGAAAUCAAUUUCAACAAGGAAUGUGCGUCAGAACACAUUUGUCGAUACUAUGGAGUUUUCGGUGAUCCUUCUACAGCUACUAUUUCCAUUGCUAUGGAGUUCUGUGAAGGUGGAUCUCUUGACAGCAUUUACAAGGAAGUCAAACGACUAGGUGGCCGAACAGGAGAGAAGGUUCUUGGCAAGAUUGCUGAGGGUGUUCUUCGAGGAUUAACAUACCUCCACAGCAAGAAGAUCAUCCAUCGAGAUAUCAAGCCUUCGAAUAUUCUACUUUGCCGCAACGGUGAAGUUAAGCUGUGCGAUUUUGGUGUAUCGGGUGACUUCGGAACAAAGGGUGAAGCCAACACAUUCAUCGGUACAAGCUAUUACAUGGCACCCGAGCGAAUUACCGGGCAGAGCUACACUAUUACGUCAGACGUCUGGUCUACUGGAGUUACUCUGCUUGAGGUAGCUCAACACCGAUUCCCGUUCCCGGCUGACGGAACCGAGAUGCAGCCUAAGGCGGGAUUAAUCGAUUUGUUAACUUACAUCGUCCGACAACCAAUACCAAAGUUGAAGGAUGAGCCGGAUGCUAAUAUCUUCUGGACUGACAGCUUCAAGUAUUUCAUCGAGUGCUGCCUCGAGAAAGAGCCUAGCCGACGAGCAAGUCCAUGGAGAAUGAUGGAGCACCCGUGGAUGGUGGAAAUGCGAACGAAGCGAGUUAACAUGGAACGAUACCUCUCUCAAGUAUGGGGUUGGGACGAAGAGACGAAGCCUUGAAUUACAGGCAAGGAAUAACACGAAACAAGCAGCCCUUUAGUCUGCGCCCACAGAACCAACAGAGUAGCAGGCCCCAGAGUCCGCUUCAAUAACCAGCUACGCUAUCUCGUCCACCCCUAUCAGGAGAUGAGUGGCUAAAUUAUUACGUAUCGCCACAUACCACCACCAACAACGGAGGUCAUAAUUAGACAACCGACACUUAGACUGCUUGCUUAUCUAAGGAUGAAGCUCUUCCCUUCUUUGCUCUCGGGUUAAGUCGAGAGAUCGGGGGUUGUUAGCUGAUGGAGGGGACAUCGUUUAUUGGGAUACCCGGGGAACAAAAGGUGACAGGGAGGAGCAAAGUAUAUUUUUUAUCAUAUAUAUUUUAUAUCCCCACACAUAUUUUACGGAGUUUGGGAAUCGAAACAGUCUUGAAUGGGUUGACGGGACGCAGGUAGGCUAGUUAGGCAAUUGUUAAAUCAAAUAUUGAAUAUCAAAUAUCCAUCGAAUGAGAUGGCUAGAUGCGUGACAUUGAACUGCGGUAAGAUGAAGCUUGGAGACGGGUUCGUGAUAUCACAUACUCUAGUUUAGUCUAUUUGGAAAUUGCUAUAGUUCAUAAAAUAUGACAGGUAAAGAGGUCAACAGCCCGUGAUAGGAAAUUUCCCCAAAUCUACCCAAUGUCCACGAUGGAUAUGACAUCACAUCACAACAAUCCGACAACGAAC